CGCCCCCAGGGAGCGCUUAAUUAACCCCUAAUUAAUUAAUAACCGAGUUAAUUACGCGGGGAGGGCGUGGCUGGAGGAGAGGGGCGCGGCUUAAAGAGGGGGCGUGGUUUCCAAAGAGAAGGGCGUGGCUUAAACACCUUAAAGCGGCGACGUGGCUGAAAUUGUGCAAAAGGGGCGUGGCUCACGCAGGAGGCGGGGUUUCCUGCUUAAAGGCGUGGCCACGCUGCCUCAUUUGCAUAAUUUAGAGGUCUUGGCGCGCCCUGAUUGGGCAAACGUCGGGGGUUGUGGGCGUGGCCUCGCCGUUGCCAUGGCGACACUUCCGGUGCGGGCAACCGGAAGUGGCGGCGCUGCCGGGAAGGAGCCGCCGGAUCUCUGUGGCCCCUCCCCCCUCCCGGAGCUCCAAAUUCCUGAAUUUUCCCCCCAAAUUCCCGAGGGGGGAGGGGGAACCCCAGCGCCCCCUCCCCCACUCUGCACAGGAUUGGACUCUGCCCUUGGACUCCAGAUUGCCCCAUGUGAAGGAUGCUGAAGAAGCGCAGCCUGGCUCUGCUGGGUGCCGCGCUCUUCCUCGCCUGGAACGGGCUGCUGCUCCUCUUCCUCUGGGGCCGCCCCGGGGCUCUCCCGAGCCCCCCGCAGCCGCGGCUGCCCGCCGGCGCCCGCCUGCUGCCGGCGCAGCUGCUGCAGCUGGCGCAGGACGCCGAGGCCGAGCUGCGCCUGCAGCGCGACCUGCUGCUGCAGAUCCAGCAGCUCAGCCGGCUGCAGCGCCGCCGGACGCCGAAACCGCCCCAAAACCCGCCCCAAAACCCGCCCCAAAAAACGCCGAGGCCGCCCCAAGUCAGCACCGCGGCGGCCGGGGAGGCGCCGGUGCUGCCGGUGCUGGUGCUGGCCUGCGACCGCAGCUCGGUGCGGCGCUGCCUGGACAAGAUCCUGCGCUACCGGCCCAGCGCGCGGCGCUUCCCCGUCAUCGUCUCGCAGGACUGCGGCCACGCCGAGACCGCCGCCGUCAUCGCCUCGUACGGCGCCGCCGUGGCGCACAUCCGCCAGCCCGACCUCAGUGACGUGCCGGUGCCGCCGGAGCACCGCAAGUUCCAGGGCUACUACAAGAUCUCCCGGCACUACCGCUGGGCGCUGGGGCAGGUGUUCCGCACCUUCCGCUACCGCGCCGCCAUCGUGGUGGAGGACGACCUGGAGGUGGCGCCGGAUUUCUUCGAGUACUUCCAGGCGGUGCUGCCGCUGCUGGAGCAGGACCCCAGCCUGUGGUGCGCCUCGGCGUGGAACGACAACGGCAAGGAGGGCCUGGUGGACGCCGGCAGGGCCGAGCUGCUCUACCGCACCGACUUCUUCCCCGGCCUGGGCUGGCUGCUGCUGGCCGAGCUGUGGGACGAGCUGGAGCCCAAAUGGCCGCCGGCGUUCUGGGAUGACUGGAUGAGGCAGCCCGAGCAGCGGCGUGGCCGCGCCUGCGUGCGGCCCGAGGUGUCCAGGACGAUGACCUUCGGCCGCAAGGGCGUGAGCCACGGCCAGUUCUACGACCAGUACCUGAAGUUCAUCAAACUCAACGACCGCUUCGUGCCUUUCACCCAAAUGGACCUUUCUUACCUCAAAAAGGACGAGUACGAGCGAUUCUUCCUGCAGCAGGUUUACUCCGCCCCCGAGGUCCACCUGGAGGAGCUGCAGAAGGACUCGGGGAGGGGCUCGGGGGCGGUCAGGCUCCAGUACCGGGGCAGGGAUUCCUUCAAGGCUCUGGCCAAAGCUUUAGGGUUGAUGGACGACCUCAAAUCCGGCGUGCCCCGCGCCGGCUACCGCGGCGUCGUCAGCUUCGUGUGCCGCGGGCGCCGCGUCUUCCUGGCCCCCCCCUCGGACUGGACGGGCUACGACCCCUCCUGGAGCUGAGGGUGGGGUUUUUUGGGGGGAUUUCCCCGUUUUUUGGGGGGUUUUGCAGAAUAAAAAGGUGAGAAACGCGGGGGUUCCGCCGCCCCCCUCCCGCCGUUUGCAUCACUGCCAUUUGCAUCCUGAAACUGAAGUGGUUUAAAAGUCCCUCUCUAAAUUUGGGGAAAUUUUGGAUUUUUUUUUUGGGGUGGGUUUGGCGCUGGCGGGGUUCGAGAGGCGGACGUGGGGCAGGGGUUUUCCAGAAUAAAAGGUGAAAAGCGGGGCAUUCUCCCCACGAUCCCA